CGCUUCCUCCGCCCGGGCUUCCGCGUCGCAGCCCCGGGAACCAGAGCGCGGGCGGGAUCCUGUGUCUCGGCGGGCAGCGAGCACGCAGCGGCACCUGGGGGCCCGGGUCAGGGCAGGAACCUGGACUGAGGCAGCGGGCGCUGCGUUCCUGUGAGAUGGACGGGCCAGAAGGCAGUACCGGGCAGCCCGGCCCAGCUGAUCGGUCCCAUCGAAGCAGUGUGUCCUCCGUGGGAGCCCGAGCAGCCGACGUGCUGGUGUACCUGGCGGAUGAUUCGAUGGUGCCCCUGGCCGUGGAGAACCUGCCCUCACUCAGUGCCCACGAGCUGCAUCGGGCCAUCCGCGAGGUCCUACAGCUUCCAGACAUCGCCCUGGACGCCUUCGCACUCUGGCUCGUCUCCCCUCUGCUGGAGGUGCAGCUGAAGCCCAAGCACCAACCCUACAAGCUGGGCCGCCAGUGGCAGGAGCUGCUGCUGCGAUUCACCGACGCCCCGGAUGACGACGUGGCCAUGGAUGAACCUUCCCUACAGUUCCGGAGAAACGUGUUUUUCCCCAAACGGCGGGAGCUCCAGAUCCAUGACAAGGAGGUCCUGCGGCUGCUCUACGAGGAGGCCAAGGGCAACGUGCUGGCUGCCCGGUACCCUUGCGACAUGGAGGACUGCGAGGCCCUGGGCGCCCUGGUGUGCCGUGUGCAGCUCGGGCCCUACCAGCCUGGCCAGCCCACCGCCUGCUCCCUGAGGGAGAAGCUGGACUCCUUCCUCCCUGCCCAUCUCUGCAAGCGGAGCCACGGGCUCUUCGCUGCUUUCCGGGGCCGUGGCGCCAAGGCCGGGACGGGCGAGCAGGGUCUGCUGAACGCCUACCGCCGGGUGCAGGAGGUGGCCGGCAGCGACGGCGAGCGCGAGGCUUCCUUGAGCCCCCACUACCGCGCCUACCUCCUCAAGUGCCACGAGCUGCCCUUCUACGGGUGUGCCUUCUUCCACGGCGAGAUUGACAAGCCAGCCCAGGGCUUUUUGCACCGGGGCGGGCGCAAGCCAGUGUCUGUGGCCAUCAGCCUGGAUGGCGUGCAUGUCAUUGACUGCAGGGAGAAGCACGUCCUGCUGGGCCUGCGCUUCCAGGAACUAUCCUGGGACCAUACCUCCCCCGAGGAGGAGGAGUCUGUGCUGUGGCUGGAGUUCGACGGGGACAAUGAGGGCACACCGGUCAACAAACUCCUCAAGAUCUACUCGAAGCAGGCCGAGCUGAUGAGCAGCCUCAUCGAGUACUGCAUCGAGCUGAGCCAGGCUGCCGAGCCCGCCGCCUCCCAGGAGGCCGGCCCCGCCUCAGCCUCUGGCUCCUCACCACCCCCUCACCAGCGCCCCCAGCUGCGGAGGCAGGGCAGCGUGGUGUGCAGCCGCAUCCAGCAUCUCUCCACCAUCGACUACGUGGAGGAGGGCGAGACGAUCAAGCGGGUGAAACCGAAACGCACCACAUCCUUCUUCAGCCGGCAGCUGUCCCUGGGCCAGGGUAGCUACACCGUGGUCCAGGCCUCCGACAGCCUGGAGCAAGGCUGAGGGCCGCUGUGCAGGUGGGAGAGCAUGGGGGCAUCGUGCUGCCUGAAGCACGGCUCAGGACACUCCAGAGGAGCGUGUGUGUCUUUGGUUUUUUCCCUGGACGUUGGUGACCACAUCCCCACAUUCCAGCUCAUGUGGCCAGGCUGGGACGUGGCCCUGCGAGGAGAGGGUCGGGGGCCUCCACAGACAGUGAGGCCCCCACAGAGCCCUCUCCAGCUCGGUGGAACUGGAGGGACCCUGUGCCCCUCACUGUGGUCUCCCUUGUGAGCAGGAGACCCUGACCAGCAGGAAAGCGUGCUUGCUGAUCUUCGGUGAUGUCACUGCUGGGAGGUGGCUGCCUUGUGGACCCACCAGCCCACGGGCCCACACUCCACACCCGGAGGAGCUCCCAAAGCCCCUUGGGGCUUCCAGUUUCAGUUUUGAUCUUUUUUUGAUCUGCUUUGGUUCCACGAAGCCUGCAAACUCAGGCUACUCACGAGGGUGCCCCCACCGUCUCGGAGCUGCGGGCGCUGCUUCCAGGAUGGUGCUGAGGCUUCAUCCCGCCCUAGGCCCAUGCACGGGAAGUCCCUGGCCGGGAGGGGUCUCUUCUUUCUCGGGGACCUUGUAGGGAGGUGGAUAUGGCCUGAGUGGGGCUCUUCCCACAGCCUCCUGCCUCCUCCCAGAAGAGCUGGCCUCUCAGCCUUGGGCUCUUUCUCAGGGGUCACCCCCCCACCACCACCACUGGGGCGCUUCCAGGGACUUUCCACAGGAAGGAGGCAGGUCCAGCCCGACACAGGGUUCGCUUUGUCUUCCCUUCCCGGUGGAGAAUGUGGGGAAGGGAAUGUGAACCUCUUGUCUCCGGAUGUCAGAGCCCACUCACCUCCUCCUCCCUUUGUUGGCUCUUGAACACUCCAGAUGUUUCCAGGGGGGCUUGCCCUCCAGCAGUAGGGCCUUUGUUAUCUGUCAUAAUGAAUAGGUGUCUCCAGCCUUUCCGAAUGUCCCAGCUAGAGGACAUCUCAUCUCUCCUGGAGACUUCACUGGCUCCCAGCCCCUCCGGCUCCUAGCCGUCCGGUUAUCUGCUCCCACGCACUGUUUUGAUGCCAGGUGAAUUCUUAUCUGAUAGAUUGAGGGGCCUGAGGGACAUGAUGGGUGUGUGUGUACACAGAUUACUUGUUUUGACUCUUCAGCUUCUUCCUGUUUUCUGAGCAUCCAUUGUGCCUUAACUUUUUCUGUCUGCCCUUGUGGGGAAAAGCAGUGUUUCACUAAGUGCCCUUUGAAUAUUCCUAUCCUUUUGUAUCAUGUGACUUAUUAAAAUCAAUUUCCAGCAAACUUUA